AUGCAGGAGAAACAGAAGAGUCCCGCCAGCGCUCCGCGCAACAAGACCCGGGCAAAGAAGGGGAAAGGGAAAGGAAAGGCGAAGCCUGAACCUCCAGAGGAAACAGACCCGAGGAAGUUGGAGAUGAUUCGUUGGGUGAACUCUCUGGAGCAGGCAAUGAUGGAUGCUCUGGUGCUGGACAGAGUUGACUUUGUCAAACUGCUCCUUGAGAAUGGGGUCAAUAUUCACCACUUUCUCACCAUUCCCAGACUGGAGGAGUUAUACAAUACGAAACUUGGCCCGGCUAAUACACUGCAUGCUGUGGUUAGGGACGUCAAAAAGGGAAACCUUCCUCCGGAUUAUCAGAUCACUUUGAUUGAUAUUGGCCUGGUGCUGGAAUACCUCAUGGGUGGAGCGUACAGGAGCAACUACACCAGGAAGGUUUUCCGUAACCUCUACAAUAAUUUGUAUGGACUAAAAAGGCCAAAAGCCCUAAAGCUUCUGGGAAUGGAGGAUGAUGAACCUAGACCAAAAGGCAAGAAAAAGGCGAAAAAGAAGAAAGAGGAAGAAGUGGAAAUUGAUGUGGACGACCCUGAGAUCUGUCGAUUCAAGUACCCCUUCCAUGAGCUGAUGCUGUGGGCGGUGCUGAUGAAGCGCCAGAAGAUGGCGCUCUUCCUCUGGCAGCGUGGAGAAGAAGCCAUGGCCAAGGCCCUGGUGGCUUGUAAACUGUAUAAAGCCAUGGCCCAUGAGUGCUCCGAGAGUGAACUGGUGGAUGACAUCUCCCAAGACUUGGAGAACAACUCCAAAGAAUUUGGUCAGCUGGCCUACGAACUGUUAGACCAGUCCUACAAGCAUGAUGAGCAAGUGGCCAUGAAACUCUUAACAUACGAGCUGGUUAACUGGAGUAACUCAACCUGUCUGAAACUGGCUGUGGCUGCUAAGCAGCGUGACUUCAUUGCCCACACCUGCAGCCAGAUGUUGCUCACUGACAUGUGGAUGGGUUGCUUGAGGAUCGGCAAGAACCCUGGCCUCAAGGUUAUUUUGGGAAUCAUGUUUCCUCUUUUAAUUCUACUGUUGGAUUUCCGUCUUGGAGAUGAUGCGUCCUACCAUGCACCUGGAGGCAAAGAAGACGGAAAAGACAAGGAUGAGGACACAAAAUCCAGCAAGGAAGCUAAUGCUGAUGCAAUUUCUCGAAAGGGAGAUGAAGAGGAGGGUAGCACUAAAGUCCACAAAAUCCCCAUUGGCAAAAGGUUCUUUGAGUUUUACGAUGCGCCCUUUACCAAAUUCUGGUUCAACACUAUUUCCUAUCUGGGCUAUUUAAUGUUGUACAACUACAUUAUCCUGGUGAAAAUGGAGCGAUGGCCAUCUAUACAAGAGUGGACUGUCAUUGCAUACAUCCUCACACUAGGCACUGAAAAAGUCAGACAGAUUCUCAUGUCAGAGCCGGGGAAGCUGAAACAGAAGAUAAGUGUGUGGCUGGAGGAGUACUGGAACAUCACGGACCUGGUGGCCAUAUCCACCUUCCUUCUUGGUCUCAUGCUACGGCUGCAGCAUGAACCUUACCUGGGCUACGGCAGAGUCAUCUACUGUAUAGACAUCAUCUUCUGGUACAUUCGAGUCCUGGACAUCUUUGGAGUCAACAAAUACCUGGGACCCUAUGUGAUGAUGAUAGGGAAGAUGAUGAUUGACAUGAUGUACUUUGUGGUGAUCAUGUUGGUGGUGCUUAUGAGCUUCGGCGUGGCUCGGCAAGCCAUCCUUCACCCAGAUGAGGAGCCAACCUGGCGCCUGGCCAGAAAUAUUUUCUACAUGCCCUACUGGAUGAUCUAUGGAGAGGUUUUUGCGGACUCGAUAGACCCUCCAUGUGGUGAACAUUUAUACGAUGAGGAUGGGAAGAAACUGCCUCCGUGUAUCCCGGGUGCCUGGCUCACACCCGCUAUUAUGGCCUGUUACCUUCUCGUGGCAAACAUUCUUCUGGUCAACUUGCUCAUUGCAGUCUUUAACAACACCUUCUUUGAAGUCAAGUCCAUUUCCAACCAGGUGUGGAAGUUCCAGAGAUAUCAGCUGAUCAUGACUUUUCAUGACCGUCCCAUCCUGCCUCCGCCUCUCAUCAUCUUCAGCCACCUCUACAUCCUCUUCAACAGGCUGUUUCGACGUUGUGCCAGGAAGAAACAAGAGGGAGAGCUAGAUGAGAAGGACCGAGGCCUCAAGCUUAGGCUGAAUCCAGAGGAGCUAAAAAAUCUGUACGAGUUCGAAGAACAGUGUGUGGAGGAAUACUUCCGUGAGAAAGAGGAUGAGCAGCAGUCCUCCAGUGAUGAACGCAUCAAGGUUACCUCAGAAAGAGUUGAGAAUAUGUCCAUGCGUCUGGAGGAGGUAAAUGAGAGGGAGAACACCAUGAAGGCCUCCCUGCAGACGGUGGACCUGCGCCUGGCCCAACUGGAAGAGAUCCACGGACGAAUGGCAGUGGCCCUGGAAAAGCUCGCAGGAGUGGACAGAUUGGAGCUAACUAGAACCUAUUCACGAAACUCCUCCGUGUGUGACCCUUCCACCCUCCUUCGCCAGGGCAGUAUUAACAGUGCUGAUGGUUACAGCCUUUACCGCUUCCACAUGGACAUGGAAGAGUUUGCAUCGAAGCAGAAGGACACAGAUGAGACAACAAAAACUGGUCUAGAGAGACAGAGGAGUCUGCGGCAAGCCUCCACCAUCUGUACUCUCAACACAAAGGAAGGGGGUCAGACCUUAGAAGUAGCUGGUUUGGAGAGAUCGCAGCCCAGCUCCUGUGUGGACAUUCUCAUAUCUCCAUGUGAACAAAAGCCUGUUUCUGCAGCAUCAAGUCAAGAGACCAUAACCAACAUAAAACAAGACAGCACAUUGCUGCUAGAUAGACUAACAGACAAGAAUAGACUAAAGCCUUCUUCCCCUCCAAAAAGGACUAAAUCCUUGAGAUACUUUCCGGUCGAAGACCAACCCGUGUCUUCUCUGACAAAGAGGAGGUCUAUGAGCACCGUCAUCAUCAGCCCUCCCGAUGAACCAGAGGAAGCAGCUGAACCCACAAAGAAAGCCCAUGUGCUACUGGGAACCUCCUCGUCUCCUAAGAGGACUGAAUCUUUGAGAUAUGUCCCUACUGAAACUCAAAGUCAAACUUCUCCUAUCACAAAGAAGAGGGCUAUGAGCAGCAUCUUCUACAAUCCAGCCGAAGCUACUGAUGAUGUGCUGCAAACUGCAGAAUACAGGUCACUGGUGGAGCAAGUAACUAAAACACCAAAUCAGUGGCCAGCAAAUCUGGAGUAUCAGGUGCACCCCAGUACUUUUGGUCACAUGCCUAAAGUAUCAACAGUCAGAACUCUUACCCAGCAGUUUCAAACUAGCACUGCACCUGCAGAUCUUAAAAAAGAAGAAAAUCAGAUUGAUCAAAUUCCUUUAGAAAGUGAGGGAACUCUUCCAGCAGCAGAGCCCGUGGAAAACCAAACAAAGAUGAAGGCGAAGAGAAACCUCUCGGACACUACUGAGUAUCUGACUGUAGCUGACGAAAAGUAUUCGCCGUGUAACAGGUCACAGAGCUGGAAUGCCAGUGAGAGGAAAGCAAAGUGUUUGAUGGUUAGCAAGGAGCCCAGAGGCUCUAGCAGCGAGAGAGACCUCGUUGAUGUCUGCAGGGUGGCAGCUGUUGGAGGAGAAGAUGUGAGAAGGAGGAUGGAGGCAGAGAAAGAAGAUGAUGCACAGGAAGAGAAAUGA